GCGCUUUCUCAAAGACUUACUCACUUCUGUACCGGACUCUGUGGCCAUGUUGUGGGAACCUGUUUGUGGUUGUCAGCGGUUGUUGGUUGUUUGUUUACUGCGAGGGAGCAGCCCGCCGCUCGACCCAAGGAGGUUUAUGAACCACAGGGCGUCCGCAAACUGCCGCUACCAGCCGACCUGCUACGAGCAUGCUGCCAACUGCUACACACACGCGCUGCUGGUGGUGCCGGCGUUUUUGGGCAUGGCGCUGCUGCACCGCCAGGCGGACGAUGGCUGGCAGCGUCUGACGGCAGUGGUUUAUGGCCUGGGCCUCAUUGCCCUCUUCCUCGUCUCCUCCGUCUUCCACAUCAUCUCCUGGAAGAAAAGCCACAUGAGGUCUGUGGAACACUGCUUCCACAUGUGUGACCGAGUUGUGAUCUACUUCUUCAUCGCUGCCUCCUACACCCCCUGGUUGAACCUCAGGGAGCUGGGUCCGCUAGCCUCUCACAUGCGCUGGUUCGUUUGGUUCAUGGCCGCCGCAGGGAGCGUCUACGUGUUCAACUUCCACGAGAGGUAUAAGUUGGUAGAGCUGGCCUUCUAUCUCACCAUGGGCUUCCUCCCGGCAUCUGCCGUCACCUCUAUGACCAACACAGAGGGCCUCCCGGAGCUGGCUGUGGGCGGGCUCCUUUACUGCCUGGGCGUGUUCUUCUUCAAGUCGGACGGCAUCAUCCCCUUCGCCCACGCCAUCUGGCACAUCUUUGUAGCCCUGGCCGCCGCCGUGCACUUCUACGCCAUAUGGAAGUACCUGUACCGCCCCCCCGGCCUGCCCUCGGACCCACAGUCCUGACCCCUUACCCAGCGUCACAAAAUAAAAGUCCUCUGGUUUACAAAACAAGGGUCCAAGUUUACAUGGACGACUCCCCCUUGGUGACCACUUUCUAAACGACUUUAAAGCUCCUUUUUUUCCAAACCGUUUCUACGAGUCUUUCCAUGAACCCGGACCAACUAUGAAGACCAAGACCAAUGUGAUCAUCCUGUUGGGCUGUGUUUAUAAUGGGCCCAGUGCACUUGAACCGAGACCACAUUCCACACGAACAUCUCUUUAGCCCACCUCUCCUUGAAAACCUCAGGCAGCCAUUUUAACUUGGUGAUUUGAACCCCAAGGUGGAGGGAUUUGUAGUUUUUCUUUCCUACUAGGUACUUCAGACGCUCACUGGAAGUAGCACAAGUGUGUGGUCGCAAUGACCGGAAUGGCUUUUGAACUUUUGGGAUGAAAAUAUAACCCCAAUGCACCUACCCAACCGAGCUCCUGUGACACUAAACCUUCUGAACCGGUCUGCACUGGUUUAGAUAUGUCAGAAUCAGUUUGAACCUGUCCAAACUAGUUCGAACACUUCUAAAUCGGUUAACACCAGUUCAUGCGACUGGUUUGCAAUGUUUUAGAACGGAAUGACACUUGUCAUCUUGAUGCGAUCGGAGGUGCCAGUAAAGCAGAUAUUUUGUGUACAUUUCUGUAAAUAUUCAGCACACCAUUCACUAGGUUGGAGUCAGUCGGGCAGCAGGCUGACACAUGGGGUUUCUAUCAGGGCUGGUAGGUGACAGUCUAGGAUGUCAGCCUCUCUGUUAGCUCCAUUGAGGGAGUAGAUACCUCUGUAACAUGAUCCACAGGAAGUAUUGGUUACUAACAGGAUGUCAUCUCCAGCCCUCAUUUCUAAAGGAUGAGUUACUAAUUGUUCCUCAGAAGAAUAGAUCGCUAGUGUCUAGGUGUUUUGUGUGAGAUGAGUGUUGCCACUAUACUUUAAAUUGACUACUUUUUUCCAGAACGUUUGCUACAUGAACUGUGCCACUUGAUGAACGAGAUAGACUGCUGUGGUAUUUUUAAGAUGCUUUCAAAUGAACAAACGUAAAAUCCCCUUCAACAGGGUGCGACAAGUGAACCGAUCAAUAUUAUCUGAGGAUUCCGGGAUGUGUGUGCGUGUCUUUACGUUGUAGUCUGAAUGCUUUGGUAUUUUUGAAUCGUGGCUUGUACCCUCAGUCCUUAACCACUGACUUUGGGAAUGCUCAGUAUUUCUGCAUCACAUUGUCAUGACGAUGACGCGGUGCUGCAGACCCUGGAUGUAUCCCCACCACACUGACUUUGUAUUGUGACAUUAAAUAAUGUAAGAUCAAA